GCAUAGCUCGACGAAAACAAGGAAGUAACGAGGAAAAAGGACAAGGAACUGUGUGUAAACAUUACAUUUAUUAGCCUAAAAAGGCAGAAUUCGAUCGGUUGCAAUUCUCGUCUCCUAGUAUAUUUCCUCCAUAGUAAAGAACAAUGAACAACAAAGGUUCAUAUCCACAGCAAGCUUUCCCUCAGCAGAGCACAGCAGCCGUUUACCCGCCUGCUAUGCAAGUCCCUGCUCAGGUGUCUCCUUAUCAAGAUUCUCCUCCGCAAUACUCUGAGGUGUAUCAGCCCAGGUAUAUGGCCCCGCCUCCAGCCCAUGGACAGAUUCCCCAAAUGACUUCAGCAUACCCUGGCACUCAGAUGUACAUGCACAUGCCCCAGACUGUACCAAUGGGAGCAAUGGCCCCCAAUGUCCCAAUGGCAUACUACCCCAUAGGUCCCAUGUACCCCCCUGGCUCCACCGUCAUGGUGGAAGGUGGAUAUGAUGCUGGAGCUCGCUUCGGGCCUGGCACCACUCCUUCCAUUCCUCCUCCACCACCUGGACAACUCCCUAAUGCAGCUCAGAUGGCAGCCAUGCAAGGUGCGAAUGUGAUGAUGACACAACGCAAGGGCAACUUUUUCAUGGGUAGCUCCAGCGGUUACACUAUCUGGUAACAGUGAGCAUCACCCUGGGCCUGGACCGAAGCCCUCCUCCUUCCCCCCUAGUUCCCUCUCCUUUACCUUUUCCCUCCUCUGCCUCUCAUGGGGCAGCUUGGUUAAGCCACAAUACUGAUUUAAACCUAAUGGAAUGUAAUAUUUUAGAGCCCCUGACUUAAGGUGCAGUACUCCGCUGUUGAUGUAGAACACAAUUAUUGUGUCACAAUGUUGUAAGGUUGAACUUCUAGUGAUCAUAUACGUCAUACAUCGACAUAAUAUUAUUUAUUGGCUAAUUUAGAGAGAAGAACUCUUGGGGGUAAAACAGCUCAUUUUUUGCUUCAUUCGCAUUAAUGUGCGUCUUUUCGACUUUGUUUGGCCACUGAAAUUUGCAUUCAUUCUCUUUUACGUACUAUACAUUUUUUUAGUUGCAACUUUUGGUUGUCGUCUUGAGCCAGUUGGAUCUUCUGUGUUUAAAGUAGCUAUGCACUUUCUCUUUGAAUAGUACACUUGACAAUACCUUUUAUACAUGUCAUUUAUUAAGGUAUGAUAAGCUGAAUGUCUACACCCAGAUUGUUAUGUCUUAAUUGUUUGAAAGAAACAAGGUAGAAAAUUAAGUGGAUUGCAAUCUUGUCAGAUAUGUCAAAUAAGGAAAUAAGCACUGCAAAUCAAGGAGAAAGAUGUUUACAAACUAAACCAGUGGCGGAGUAUUGUACCUUUGGGCAAGCUUAUAGAAAUAUUAUGAGGUGCCAAAAUUAUACUGCGCACCGUUAUUUUAAAGUAAAGAAAUGUACACAUGAAUGAACCUAAAUGCAGUAAAAGAGAGAGAGCAAAUAAGACUAACUAAACCCAUGUGGUUCAGACAAUUUGGUUUAAUUUUAUUUAUUUUUAUUGCCAAUAUUCCCCCUUCAUGUCGGAUACCCAGAGCUGUACAUAUGGCUGUUUCAAUUCGAUUUCUCAAAAUGUGUCAAACAGCUUCCUCAUCUCCAGGUAUAUGUGCUUCUUACACAAACUUGAGCUUUUUCCACAGAUGUUAAGUUGUUUACAGAGGUCAGGGCUUAAUUACAAAUUAAUUCAAUUCAUUUCAGUAUUUUAUACUUUGGCACAUAAAGCAUUUUGUUUGCUAAUACUUGUUGUUGGGAGCUGCUUGUACCAAAGAUCUGGACUAGAAUGCACUAACAGCUUUUUUUUUGUUUAAAGGUCUUCUCUCAUAGUAAGUCUGCACACAGGUUCAUACAGAAAUUAAUAAACAUAUCACAUUUAGGUGAGCGUGAUUGCUUUGUGGGUGUUAUACACCUGGCAAAGCACAUCGCUCUUAUGAGUGCAUUUUGUAGGGGGGUGUGUUUUAAACUGAUAAUAUAUAAAUGUUGCCUAGUUGCAUCUUGAUGUAUCUGCAUGCACUUUUAUUCAAGUUUUGUUAUUAAUAAAUGAAGUUAUCAUUGUUCAAUUUUUUUAGAAGUACUACAACGAAUAAUUUAUGUGCACCGUCACCAACUCUGAAAUGUUAUAUAUAUAUAUACACACACACACACACUUUUGCUUUUAAAUAUACAAACUUAUCAGUUAUACUAUGACUGCAUUGAUGAUUUUUCAAAGCAGUGCGACGUCACAUAGUGGCAUAUUCAUAUAGUUAGCAUUAAAAGGAAAAACUGCGAUUGAUAUAAACUUUGUUUUUCACUCCUUACUGUUUUGCAAGGGAUAAAAUAGCUGUCUGUCUCACCCAUUACAAUAUGAUAUUUUGAAAUGUUUUAAAAUUCAGUUUAAAUUCUUAAGAGGGAUAGUUCAUUCUAAAAUGAAUCAUUUACUCACCCUGAUGUUGUUCCAAAUCCAUAUGACCACCUUAUGUGGAUCUCCACAAAAGAUUAUUUGAAAUGAGAUGAAAGUGAAUGGUGACCGAGGUUUACGUUCUGCCUAACAUCAUCUUUUGUGUUCCAUGGAAGAAAGAAAGUCAUAAAGCGUUUGAAACAACAUGAUGGUGAGAGAAAGAUGACAGAAUUUGUAUUUUUGGUUAAACUAUCCCUUUAACUAUUAAACACCAGCAGUUGUUUUCACCACCUUUUGAUCAUUCCUGUAAUUUGCUUAAUUGCUAAAACUCCAUUCUGCUGGUGACUUGAGGUUUAGGAGUAGUUUCCUUUUGGACACUAAAAUGCAUGACUUCUGUAGCAGUUACCUGUACUUAUUCUAGAUGUGACUUUGCUGCUUAUAAAUGCUUACUCUCUUUUUUUUUUUUUUUU